GAGAGAGAGAGUUGGAGAUAAGGGAUUAUGGAAAGCUCAAGAGCUGCUGUUCUACUGCUGGCCGUGGUGGUGGUGGCGGCGGCGGUGGGGGCGAUGCCGACGCAUGCGGGGAUGAGCGCAGCGGCAUGCAAGGCGGAGCGGCGGGCAUUAAUCAAUGCAUGCAAGGCGGUGCUGUACGGGGAGCUGCCGAGCCCGCCGUGCUGCGAGCGGGUGCGUGUGAGCCAUGUCGAGUGCGUGUGCCCUGUCAUCACUCCCAAGCUCGCCGCCCUCGUCGACGUCAACCGCUUCGUCGGCCUCAUCGAAGGGUGCGGCCGCCGGGUGCCUCACCACUUCAAGUGUGGCAGUAUUACUACUCCCUGAACUGCGAAGCUGGAAGAAAGAUGCUGAUUCUGAAAGGAUUGCCAGUAUGUAAUAAUAAAAACUUCUUAAUUAUGCUGUUUGAAAGUGUGGUGUUGAAUGAAAUAACGAGAGGAGAGGUUAAUUACGAACUCCGCUAAGAGGUUAUAAAGCAAUGGUUAUUAGUGUUAUGUCCUCCUUUAAUAUCUAGUAACAAUGUUCUUCUAGGUAUUGUUUAAUGCUUCCAAUACCUAGUGCAGUGAAAGAAAGUUUUAGUAUAAUAAUGUCGAUUCUCUUCUUUGAUGGAAGCUGACGAAUCCAAUCUUAUUUGCUGCGA